AAARAACUUUUUUCUAUUCUAUUUCUUCACUUGUGAUAACCUAAAAAUAGAACUUCCUCAUUUUCCAUAAGGUCAAAUUGUGCUUCUGCAUGUCUCACGAGGGGAAUGCUGCGAAAUGAAAAAGAAAUAAACACGGGAAAGUAGAAUGUAAACAAACGCUUCGCAGAGGCAUGCGUGUGUCGAAUAUGCAAAGUAACAUUUCCAAAUAAGAAAUUACAUUGAAUUGCUCUUGUAUUUUUGCUGGAGGGUACAUUCGAUAGGAAUUAGUACGCCACAUAUUUCUUUUCACAGCAAUUAUUUGAUAAAAAAACUAACUGUGGAUUCAUCCAUUCAAUGAUAGGUUUUGACCCAUGAGCAAUGAACAUACUGUGUUCUAAAAGCGCAUCCUUGUCGAAAUACUGUUCGCAGGGAAUAGCAAUAAUAAUAAUAAUGUUUCUUUUUACCGAAAGCUGAAGCAUAAAUGUUUCUUCGAAAGUAGAGUAAAAUUGAGUUUACCGAUUUAGAAUAAGCGAAAGCAAAAAGAGAUGAACACAAUAGAAAUAAAGAACUUAAACCAGCAGCAAUCAUAAGAACUUAGAAUCGAAGGGACCGGGAUCGUCGUUACAAAGAAAUAUAAACAGAAAUAAAGAAUGGCCACAACAUUCUUGAAUCGUUUUCAUCGCGAAAAAAGUGAACGCCAAGGAAUGGUGGCGGCAGAUAAUAACGUCAACACUAAAUCGAAGAAAAAAGACAAAGAAAAAGGCAACAGUGGCGGAAAAGCUGCUGACGGCACAAAUGACGUUGGGAUCAUGUCGGCGUCGCCCACACAUUCGGCUGCUGCUUUCGCCCAGUCAACGGACAUGACGAACUCAGUGAUAGAAAAAUCGGACGCAACAGCAACAGCAACCUCACAACAGCAGCCAGCGCGUCAGCAACGCCGCUACAUACGCAGCGCCACAGCGGCGAGUGUAACGCAGCUCUUGUCGGAAAGCUACAGCAGUCUGUUACAACGGUUCCGUCGUCACCCGAGCGAGCGACCCGAUAAAAGUCAAAGUCGGCAGCAGCAGCACCAGCAGCACCAAAAGCGAAAUCGUGAUAUUAAGAGUACUGCGAAAGACGAAUAUCGGGAUACCAGUAAGACGCCAACAAACUUCGAUAAUAACAAUUCAAAGUCGGUGAAGAGCCGCGAAAAGCUUAUAGUGAAUUGUGAAGCUGCUAUCGACAACAGCAGCCACCGUAAUUCGAUGUGCGAUCGUAGACGUUAUUAUGGCGGUGGAGGAGGAGCAGGAAGUGGCUAUUAUGCCGGUGGCGGAGGCACCAACACGGGCCGCUAUCAGAAAAGUGCGACUGCAGUGUCCGCACUGGACCGCUUACGCUCGAACUUAAGUCCCGUUACGUCAUAUUAUAAACCGCUGAUGCGUAGCUUUGGAAGACGUGGUGACGAUGAUAGAAAAGACACCGACAAAGACAAAACUCCCACUGCAAGUGGCACCAGCAAGCUUUCAGCCAUCUCCCGUCUCGAAAACAAAUAUUCGGAUAUCCUUGAUCGGCAUAGGCAUCACGAAGACGAUCGUGACAAAACACUUGAGCCCGAUGAGAACCGAAAUCCUCUGUCSAAAUCAGCGACUUCGCAUCAGCUGUUGGGCGUUGGACGGCCAAAGUUGUCGUCAGGUUCGUUUAAUGCGGUCGAUCGAAAGGAACGCACACCUUACCGCCUUGGCCGAAAUAGGACUAAUCGGUAUUUAGGGGAUUCGAACGACAGCGGUUAUGUAACGAGUACCAACGGCAGUACGCGGGCAGAACAUACGACGCUCCUCGACGAAAAUUAUCCGCUAGAUUAUGGUGGAAGUAGAUACCGGCGAAAUUAUGAAAUGCCACGACACCAUUUAGAGAACUACGAAGCGCUAAAGGCGGGUGGGGCGAUGGGAUACUCGCCAGGGUCUAGCCGUAGCGGUCGUGGUGCAGAAUAUGCCGCCGGUUACAAUGCACGCAGCUACAGAAGCCGUGAUGUGUAUGAUGAUUAUGGUGGUGGCGGUGGUGGAGGCAGCUCCCGCAGCAGACCUCAUGCCUACGGUCGAAAUAAGACCUCGGAAAAUCUAUUACCAUCCGCUAUUGAAACAGUGUCUAGCGCACAUGCUUCUUUCCGUCCAGAUUGUGAAGAUUAUGCUGUGCCGAAUUCACGAAAUCGGUUUGCACAUCGACGCAGAGAUAAUAUGACGCAACGUUUGCCAACACGGAGAGAAGAACUCACCGAUGAAGAUCGUGAGAUACUUAAUGAUGAGCGGUCGUCUGCUGAUAAUGCCGCGAUCCUACUGCUUCUAAAAGAAGAUAAUCAAUAUCUAGAAGCGCGGAAAUUUGAGGAACGUAUGCGUAGACGCAAGGAGCUACAGCAGCGUGUGUUACGUUAUGCCCAAGAAGAUGCUGCUGCUGCGGCAGCUGAGAAAAUAAAGUUAACUAAACAGAGUGAGAAGGUAGCCGAAACUGAAAUGACUGAGGCGAAAAGCUCAAAGAAAGAAGACAAUGUGAACAAUGAAGAGGAAGCAUCGAAUGCUAAAACAACGCAGAAGACAACGAACAAUCACAAUAAAGUAGGUAGUCCAAUUCCCGAUAGUGACAGUUCGUCGGAAAGUAGCUCUGAAGAAUCCGAUAGUAGUAGUCAGAGAGAUAAAGCUAUAGCCACAUCUACUCCUAACACAAGUACUACACCUGCAAUAACUGCUGUUAAAGACUCUCAAGACGAUGCCACAGUCACUGCAGCCACAAAUGCCAGUAUACCAAACUCGACGUCAGCUUCUGGCUCCAUUGUUACCGCACUACAUGCAGAUCGUAAUAAUAAUGACCUCUCUAAGUAUAGACCAACCAUUGAUACCAGCUCCAAAUUGAACGGACUCAUGCACUCAUCGAGCUCUGGGGCUUUGGCAUUUGGUGGCAUUAGUGAACGUCUAGCUGCGGGACGCUCACAACGCUACCAACCGGUUACGUCUUCACGUACAACUGCGCUAUUGGCUGAUUUAGACACCCUACGCCCGACUGCAGACAGCAGCAGUAGUCGUUAUCAGCAACACAAGAAUGUUUUAAGCGAUUCAUACAAGUCGUCGUAUCUUUUCGAUCCAUACUAUUCAUAUGGCGGUGCUGGGGGAUCUAGCUCUGCCGCCAGCCGCCGUACAGGAGCAGCCGCUGGCCUCUCAUCGUCCUCGUCGGCUUAUCAACGCCAGCAGAUGCAUGCUUACCAGCAGCAACAACUACAUCAAUAUCAACAACACCAACACAUGUUGUCGAAGAGCGCCACGAGCGCGGCACUCUUCCAGAGAUCGCGCAUUCCAAAAACCCUCUCAGCCUUUACAGCAAAGCCCGUCAUACAAGAUGAUGCUGAUGGCCACUUGAUAUAUCACAACGGCGAUAUACUUCUUCACAGAUAUAAGAUUAUGGCUACACUGGGCGAGGGUACGUUCGGACGAGUCGUGAAGGUCAAGGAUAUGGAGAGGGACUUUUGUAUGGCCUUAAAGAUUAUCAAAAACGUGGAGAAAUAUCGUGAAGCUGCGAAGCUGGAAAUAAACGCUUUGGAAAAGAUCGCUCAAAAAGAUCCACAUUGCGAACAUUUGUGUGUGAAAAUGAUUGAUUGGUUCGAUUACCAUGGCCACAUGUGCAUCGUUUUUGAGAUGUUGGGUUUAAGUGUGUUCGAUUUUUUGCGCGAGAACAACUAUGAGCCAUAUCCAUUAGAACAAGUACGGCACAUGGCCUAUCAAUUAUGCUAUUCAGUAAAAUUUCUACACGAAAAUCGCUUAACGCACACUGAUCUCAAACCUGAAAAUAUUCUCUUCGUCGAUUCGGAGUAUACGACGCAUUAUAAUCACAAAAUUAAUCGCGAAGUGCGUCGCGUUAAAAAUACCGAUGUUCGCCUCAUUGAUUUCGGUUCGGCAACAUUUGAUCAUGAGCAUCAUAGCACAAUUGUUUCUACACGUCACUAUCGUGCACCGGAGGUCAUUCUUGAGUUAGGCUGGUCGCAGCCCUGUGACGUUUGGUCUAUUGGCUGUAUUCUUUUCGAGUUGUACCUAGGCAUAACACUCUUCCAAACSCACGACAAUCGUGAGCAUCUAGCGAUGAUGGAGCGCAUCCUUGGUCAAAUACCAUAUCGUAUGGCACGAAAUCAUUGCCAUUACAGCAAAACAAAAACGAAAUACUUUUAUCACGGUAAGUUAGACUGGGAUGAGAAGUCUUCGGCUGGUCGUUAUGUGCGCGAUCAUUGCAAGCCACUAUUCAGAUAUCAAAUGAGUGACACGGAAGAUCACUGCGAACUUUUUGAUCUAAUCAAGAAAAUGUUGGAAUACGAACCAUCUCAGCGGGUGACGUUAGGUGAUGCGCUUCGCCAUCCGUUCUUCGAUAAGCUCCCACCGCACCAACGCGUUGGUGAAAUCGGCAAUAUAAAACAGGCGAUUUCUUCGGGCAGCAGCAGCAGCCGCGAACGUUCGCAUAGUUUGUCAAGAUGAGAUUUGGCGCGAUUUGGUUAUUGUUAAUUAAAAUUAGAACUGCUACAGUAAACGACAUAGAAGUAGGAGGAAAACAUAUGGACACCCGACAACAAACAGAUGUAAUACAAUGAAAUAAACGAAAAGCAAGCAUUGGAAUUAGGCGCGYGCUCAGCACAUAACAGGUGAUGACGACAACGGUGCAGCGCAACGACAACGAUGCCAUAGAAAAYAUAGCAUAGGAAAAGAAAAUCAUCACCACACUUAGAAGAACACCUAAACCCGAUUGGUCGAAGUCCAAUCAUCAGCAUACAGCAAUUUUGUAGUAACAUAAGAACGAGCAGCAGAACGUAAGAGGAGAAAAGCAUAAAUAGUUUAAGAUACAAUACUAAAUACUAGUAAAGCUACUUUUUAUAAAAGAAUCUUGGUAUUUGCAGUAAAGGCGCAGAAAAGUGGUUUCCACACAUACACACACACAGACACAAACAUAUGCACACAUUCUGCGAAAAUGUCUUAUUGAAACCUUUGCGACAAUUAAUUCCUCUAACUUGUAAUUAAUUACCCAUGUACUUUGUAUCGCUAUAGAUGCAUUCAUCAUGCGUAUAUGAUUGAUUUUAUAUUCUUACAUACAUACAUACAUACAUAUAUAUUUUGUAUUUUCCACUAAUUCAUAUUUCUGUGAGAGUUUCAAUGAAAUGUAUUAGUGUUUUUUGGGCAAGGUGUGCAAGAUAUGUGCGUGUGCACAAAGCGAUCACCCACAAAAAAUUAACGUAAAAAAGCUAAUUAGUAACUAUAGCCAAUAGUAAUUCGAAAGUUUUUUUAAGCUUUUAUCUUCGUUUCUAAUAAAUCUAAAAUAAUCAUGCCUCUGUGAGUUUAUUUGCUCUACAACCAGCUCGAUUCGUCAAUCAAAGUAAAGUGUUGUAUGUUAUUUGUUCGAAGAAGUGGACAUUUCUUGUUUUUUUUUGUUUUUUUUUUUUUUUUUGUUUUUUAAAGAAAUUCAGGAUAAUUUUGCAAAUGAGCUAAACUUGUAACAAAGUUGGUUGGACAUGUGUGAUAUGCGUCUCAGCGCAAAUUACAAUCGAGACACGAAGCAUGUGAUUUUGUAUAAACGAAGCCAACAUUAUUAGAUAUAAAUAUAUAGCGCAAAACAUUGCUUGUCGUACAGUGUCUCAUCCCGUUUACGUGGUUCCAUGUUGUAGUUAUAAUUAAGAAUAACCAAAUCCAGAGUCGUUUGUCGUCGAAGAAAGAAAAAAGAAUCCGAUUUCAUUUUUGUUCCCUUAUAUGUAUUGUAAUGUAAAUGUACAUAUACAUAUACAUAAUUGAUAAAAGCUUCCGAUUAAAUUAAACAAAAUACGAAGAGAAACGGUUGUACACAUACACAAGAGYGAGCUUUAUUUGAGCAUACUAAUGAGUUAAUUUGCUUUCAUUGUUUUCAUUAACACUUUGCUUCUCUCUCUAACUUGUCGGUAUGUGAAAACGCUGCGGGCUAGUUGCGUAUGUGUGCAAAAGUCUAGAAAAAAGAGAGGUGACAAUUAUUGGAUCAGACGCGCACACAUAAAUGAUGUGCGAUUUUAUAUGAAUACAUACAUAUAAACGUAUGUAAAUUUAUUGAUCAUUAAUGUUUUUUUUUUGCUUUGACGUAAGCGAACGUUCUUAGUUUUUCAGCUGACUGCAUGGGCAAUUAUUAGGAUUGCUUUCCCCUGCAGAGCCUCAAAUUGAGAUAAUUGCAUUGAGUGAGCCUUAAAUUAGAUCGUGCCCAUGUUUUCUUCUUUUUUAUGGAAAUAAUCCACUUAAACUUAAGUUCAAAACAGAGCGUGUGUUCAAUAUUGGAUUUUUAUAUAAAAUAUGUAUAAAUAAAUCUACUUUUAUGUUAAAMAAACUAUCAGAACUGAGCGUACAGAGUAAUCUAGUGAAAUAUAAUGCUAAGAAAGUAAAAAGUGUUACAAUUAUUGAAAAAUGAAUGAAUAUUUAAGUAACUGGAUUGCAAUUAAUUAAAAAUCGCUUGUAUUUCAAAGGGAUCUUAUCGAGUCAAAUGUUAUCAUAUGACAUGUAAAUAAACUAAAGUAUAGAACCGCAAAGAAUAAUAUAAAUCAUAUUAAACAAGUUGAUUUGAUUGAAUUUUUGUAGAAAUUAAAUAUAACUUUGUCGAAACAAUAUGCGAAUUCCAAUCCAAGCAAUCUUUUGAACUUUUGAACGCGGUAAAAAUGUCAGUAUAUGUACAUAAAAUGUCUUUUGCAGUUUUGUAAAUAGCAAAAACA